AUGAGCAUGCAGGUCUUGCCAACGGCACCAUCCCCGACGGUCACGCAUUUUAUGAACCUAGACGCGCUCAUCUCCCCCUCCUCGUCGUUGCCGCCCUGA